GGAUGCCUUCACUCACCCGUCUCGCAGCGAAUCUGAAACAUUUGGGGACCAAAAAGCAGAGAGUCGGUCUUGGGAGGCGAAUCCAACGAUGGCGGAGCAAGAGGAGACGCUGAUCCAGAAGAUAGAGGAGAAGAAUCGCGGCGGAGAUGACUAUUCGUCGUCGUCGGAGUCCGACGGCGAGAAGUCGAAGGUGUCGGCGGCAGCGGAGGCCGCCAAGGCCAAGAUCUACCGACUCUUCGGCCGGGAGAAGCCCGUGCACCAGAUCUUGGGCGGCGGAAAGCCUGCUGAUGUUUUUCUAUGGAAGGACAAGAAAGCCUCUGCAGCUGUCCUUGGUGGGGCAACAACAAUCUGGAUCCUGUUUGAGCUUAUGGAAUACCACUUGCUUACUCUAGUCUGCCACUCCCUUAUAUUUGCUCUUGCUAUCAUUUUCCUCUGGUCCAAUGCUACUAAUUUGAUUAACAAGUCUCGUCCUCACAUUCCUGAGGUGAGCAUUCCUGAAGAUCUGACAGUGAAAAUUGCACUUUCUCUGAGAUAUGAGAUCAACAGGAGCCUUGCAGUUUUAAGGGAAAUUGCAUUAGGACGGGAUCUGAAGAAAUUCCUUACUGUGAUUGCUGGACUAUGGGUUUUUUCAAUCAUAGGGAACUUCACCAACUUCUUGACGCUGUUUUAUAUUGUUUUCGUCACACUUCACACUGUGCCUUUCUUAUACAACAAAUAUGAAGACGAAGUUGAUGGCUUCACCGAGAAGGCAAUUGCAGAAUUCAAGAAGCAUUAUGCAGUGGUUCAUGCCAAGUAUCUGAGCAAGAUACCAAAAGGGCCGUUGAAAGAUAAAAAAAUCCAGUAAGGUAUGGUGGCCAUGCUCGAUGGUAGAUAUCGUUUUCUUUUGGUGACUACUUUGGCUCUGCUUUGAACCCUCUCAGUACUGGACUGAGUAGCUGGCUUUUGAAACUUGUGUUGUGGCUGGGAGCAGCUCUUGCCUUUCUUAUGUGGGUCGCCGUCCUGAAAUUUGUUUAUGUGUUGGCAAAUCUACAUGCUAUAUUUAUGUUUGUUCGGAGUGUAGAGGUAGAAUUGAUGGGUUUGUUAGACAUUCUGCAUGUGAACUUGGUAAAUUAUGUAGGGAUUCCAAAAAAGAUGAUUCAAGCUUGAAUCUCCAUA